UGAGAGUUUUUAAUGUAAAUAAUGGAAAAGCGAAAACAAUUAAUUAAAUCGGAAGAAAUUGGAAAUAAAAGGCUCUGUUUAGAUGCAGAUAAAGGUAAAGAUAAUAUUGAGCUGCUACAGGCGCUACCUGCUUCUGUAUUAUCUGAAUGGCAGCGUCCACCCCUUCCCAAGAUUGACCCGAACAAUGACCCCAUUAUUUUCCAACAAUUGGAUUUAGAACAUUAUACAGAUGAUAAAGAAUAUCCUGGCAUGCCUCCCCCACAAGGAGGUACUGCACCCAUUAUAAGAAUGUAUGGAGUUACAACGGAGGGUCAUAGUAUAUUGUGUCACUUUCAUGGGUUUCUUCCGUACUUCUAUGUCAAGGCUAUGCCUGGAUUUAAGGAUGAACAUUGUGAAGAAUUUCAGAAUUGUUUAAAUGAGAUUGUCUUAAAAGAGAUGAGAGGAAAUAAAGAUGUAACCAAAGCUGUGUAUAAAGUUGAAUGCUGUAUGAGACAAAACAUGUAUGGUUACCACAGUGGUGGCAAAAGUAAGUUUCUGAAGAUCACGGUUGCCGUUCAACGUCUUGUUGCAACCACCAAGCGAAUGUUAGAGGGUGGUUUCCACACGCCAACAUAUCCUGACCAUGCGUAUUCUGUCUUUGAAAGUUUUAUUGACUUUGAGAUCAGGUUUAUGACUGAUACCAACCUAACUGGAUGUAAUUGGGUUGAAUUGAAUCCUGGAAAAUACAAGAUCAGGAAAGAGAUGACAACAUCCGCUCAGCUGGAGGUUGAUGUUGUUUGGGAUCAGUUUACGAGUCAUCCUCCUGAUGGGGAGUGGCAGAAGAUCGCUCCUAUCAGGAUCUUAAGCUUCGAUAUUGAGUGUGCCGGCCGCAAAGGUAUUUUUCCUGUCCCUAAUAUUGACUCAGUGAUACAAAUUGCAUCCAUGGUGAAAUGCCAAGGUUCCCACGAGGAACCAUUCAUAAAAACCAUCUUUACUCUAAACUCAUGUUCAACUAUUGUUGGAGCAAGAGUCUUCUCAUUUAAAACUGAGGAAGGCUUACUACAGGCUUUCAGCGACUUUGUUCGGGCGGUGGAUCCUGAUGUUAUAAGCGGAUACAAUAUUCAGAACUUUGAUCUUCCAUAUUUAAUAAACAGAGCUGCACAUCUUAAAGUGGCAAACUUUCCUUUUCUUGGAAGAAUAAAAAAAUCUGUGACAAAAAUCAAAGAGACCAAAUUUCAAUCGAAACAGAUGGGAAGUCGUGAAAUGAAACAAAUCAAUAUGGAAGGAAGGGUUCAGUUCGAUGUUUUUGUGGCGUUACUACGAGAACAAAAGUUACGAUCAUACACGUUAAACGCCGUCAGUUUUCAUUUUCUCGGCGAACAAAAAGAAGAUGUACAUCACUCUAUUAUCACUGAACUACAACAUGGGAAUGCUCAAUCUCGAAGAAGACUGGCAGUUUAUUGUUUGAAAGAUGCCCUUCUUCCUAUUCGUCUCCUCGACAAACUCAUGUUCAUCAUUAACUACAUGGAGAUGGCUCGUGUCACAGGGGUCCCUUUGUCAUAUCUACUUACUAGAGGGCAAAGUAUCAAAGUUAUUUCGCAACUUCUUAGAAAGACAAAGGAAGCAGAUUUAUUAAUGCCGGUGAUACCAACAAGCAAUGAUGAUGAAUUCACUGGUGCUACUGUUAUUGACCCAAUAAAGGGUUACUACAACCAACCAAUCACAACCCUUGAUUUCUCGUCCUUAUAUCCUUCUAUUAUGCAAGCUCAUAACUUAUGUUACACAACUUUAUUGAGAAAGAAUAGCAAAGAAAAAGAUCUUCUAGGUCCCGAAGAUUUCAUUAAAACACCAUCAGGCGAUUACUUUGUGAAAGCAAGUGUAAGAAAGGGGUUGUUGCCUGGAAUCCUGGAAAGUUUGUUGACUGCUAGAACGAAUGCCAAAGCAUUGAUGAAAGUUGAAAAAGAUCCUUUCAAGAGAAGCGUAUUAGAUGGUAGGCAACUUGCAUUGAAGAUAAGUUGUAACUCAGUUUAUGGAUUUACUGGAGCUCAGAUUGGAAAACUACCUUGUUUAGAAAUAUCGGGGAGUGUAACUGCCUUCGGCCGUAUGAUGAUUGAACAAACCAAACAACAUGUUGAAACUCAAUACACAGUGGAGAAUGGUUAUUCGCAUGAUGCUAAAGUUAUUUAUGGAGACACUGACUCAGUAAUGGUGAAGUUCGGCGUGUCUACUGUGGCUGAAAGUAUGGUGUUGGGGAAAGAAGCUGCCUCAUUCGUAUCUGACAAAUUUGUUAAACCAAUAAAGCUUGAAUUUGAAAAGGUCUACUAUCCAUACCUACUGAUCAACAAGAAGCGAUAUGCAGGUCUCUACUUCUCGUCAAGUUCUGAAGUCCAUGAUAAAAUUGACUGCAAAGGAAUUGAAACUGUUCGAAGAGAUAAUGCUCCUUUGACAGCUAACCUGAUAUCCACCUGCUUGGAAAAGUUGUUAGUUGGCAGGGACCCUGAUGGUGCAGUGGCGCAUGCAAAGGAGGUUAUAUCAGAUUUGUUGUGCAACAGAAUCGAUAUUUCCCAACUUAUAAUAACUAAGGAACUUACAAAAACUAAGGAGGAAUAUGCAGCAAAACAGGCUCACGUUGAACUGGCGGAAAGAAUGAAGAAACGUGACGCAGGUAGCGCCCCCCAGCUGGGAGAUCGUGUUCCGUUCGUGAUCGUUUGCGGCGCUAAAGGGCAAGCAGCGUAUCUCAAAUCCGAGGACCCGAUAUAUGUCCUGGAGAACAAUCUACAAAUUGACACCGAACAUUAUUUAAAACAUCAACUUACACAACCUUUACUGCGUGUGUUUGAACCUGUUCUCGGGGAAGCAAAAGCACAAUCUGUGUUAUUAAAGGGCGACCAUACACGUGUAAAGAAAGUUGUCUCGUCCAAAGUUGGUGGUUUAAUGGCAUUUGCAAAGAAGAGAGUUACAUGUAUCGGUUGCAAAGCUGUUCUGCCAAAAGAUGGUGCGGUUUGUGUUCAUUGCGAGUCGCGCGAAUCACAAAUCUACCAAAAAGAGAUUGCCAAGUUAUCAAGUCUUGAAGAGAAAUUCUCAAGGCUUUGGACACAGUGCCAGCGGUGCCAAGGCUCAUUACACGAGGAAGUUAUUUGUACGAGCCGUGACUGUCCGAUAUUCUACAUGAGGAAAAAGGUUCGAAUCGACCUUGAAAGUCAAAGUUCAGUCCUUAGACGGUUUGGUUGCCCAGCUUGGUGAUCAGAAUUAUUAUUUCAUUUAUUUGUACACUGAAAUACACUUGCAUUGUAAAUUU